GACACGUUGGGAUUUUUUUUUUCUUUUGCAGAGUUGUGUUAGUGUCUAAAGCUGUUUGGAUUUGCUGAAGUUAAACAUGGAGACUUUUUACAAAAUCCCAUUUGUAGUGUUGGAGUGCCCCAACAUAAAGUUAAAGAAGCCGUCCUGGUUACAUAUGCCUUCAGCAAUGACAGUUUACGCUCUGGUUGUUGUUUCUUACUUUCUAAUUACUGGAGGUAUCAUUUAUGAUGUGAUUGUAGAACCUCCCAGUGUGGGCUCCAUGACAGAUGAACAUGGACAUCAAAAGCCAGUAGCCUUUUUGGCAUACAGAGUGAAUGGCCAGUACAUUAUGGAAGGCCUGGCAUCCAGUUUCCUGUUUACAAUGGGUGGAUUAGGCUUUAUUAUCUUGGAUCGAUCCAAUGCACCAAACAUUCCAAAACUGAAUCGUUUUCUUUUGCUGUUUAUUGGAUUUGUCUGUGUGUUAUUGAGCUUCUUCAUGGCACGUGUUUUCAUGAGGAUGAAACUGCCGGGAUACCUGAUGGGUUAAACAGGCUCCUGGAUGUUUGAAGACAAUGGCUGGAGUAGCAUACCUCCCACUAAAUGGACAUGAAGCAGCUGCGAGACUAGCAGUCAACCUCAUCUUGCCAUUAUCAGCUUAAGAUGGUCUACUGCAUGUUUGCAGACUGUUACUGCAUACCAUGAAGUGCAGUCUUCUGAUUCUCUAAAUUCUCUGACAUGGUUCCAGUUGUUCCCUUCACAGAAAAAUGAAUGUAAUUCUGGCAAGGUUUUUUUUCUUUGAUGUCAAGUUUUAAGGAAGAUCCUAUAAAUUUAAUUGCUCCUAUUUUUGAUGUUGUGGACACAUUGGAGUUCUCUAACCAUUUUGUUACUCUGCUCUAAAAUACAUUUUAGUGGAAUUUGACACAGCAGCAGAUGAGUACUGCUUAUGAGCUUUGAUGGUGUUCCCUAAAUAUUGGUGUUUGCAUUUCUUACAUUACCAGAAAUAAUAAACAAGAGUUCAAUAUUUCUGUUAAAACUGUGCAUUUUGUUAAAUGUCAAACAACUAGUGUGUGACAUUAAUGGAUCUGGUAGGACAAGGUUCAUCCCAUGUCAGUGGGACUGUAAUGUAAACUUUCAAAGCAUGCACCUGCCCCUGGUGUAGCUCUCCAACAGUCCUCUUCAGGUCAUCUUUGUGUUUUUGUGUUGCUCAUGCUAAAGUGAGGAAAAUGGUCUCGGGUUGUUUUUUCAUAUUUUCUAUUAAAAAAAAAAUCUGAUUUUUUCAGUAAAAGCAGUUAAGGUUUGUUCUGCUACUUCCCUGCUGUCUUCAGCUUAAUCUGUAUGAUGUUCUCUCCUUUUGAAAAUGUUUCCCAUCAGAAAUAUUUUUGUUUUCCUUCUGUUUACUCCUGGUCCUUGUAGAAACAGCUAACAUAAUGUGCUUGUUCCAUUGCUUGGCUGUAUCUGCAGGAGGAAAUUUCCUUCCAAAUCAUAGGGCACAAAAGGGCUUGUACUGCCUAGGGGUUGUCAUCAUAUCCAUAAAAGCCAAAUUUUUCAUAAGUUUUCCAAAUGUACCUUGGAAGAAUACAAAACUGCACUGUAGGUAUCAUUUAAGUGAACAGUAAAUAUUUGCCAAAAAUAUUACAGGCACUUCAGCUUCUUCAGUUUCCGCCACACAAGGAAGUUGGAUAUUGAGUUCACAGUCACUCUUCAUAAAAUGUAAAUCUAUGCCAGCCAGGCCUUUUCAUCUCUCUGGAUGGAUGAAUCCGUCCAAAAUACUAUCUGUUUCAGACACUGUCAGAAGUUAUAAAGUUGACUACUUACAGUUGGUCUCUGAUUUCCUUGCCAGUAAAAACUUGAGGCCAUCUAUGACUACAGCUCCUCCCAUGUUCUUUGUGACAUUUAUUUUGAAAUGUUUUUUGUGGGCUGAAGUAAGGUCACUUCAUCCACUCAGUCUGUGAAAGCCAUUGACUCUGAUGUUUUGACUCCUGUUGGAUUUCAUGUAGUACCAAGCAGAUAUGGUGCAGGCACUGACAUCAGCAGUGUUGAAACCUAUUUACGGGACUGUAUGAGUGCAGAGCACUAGUAAUAUUUCUGUACUGUAUGAAUCAGACAGUGUUGAGGUUUGAGGCUUGUGUUUAGCUGUUAGGGCAAGUGUUGAGCCUAACCUGCUUAGCCUCAAGGUUUUCAACAGAAUCAGUCGAAGUUACUGUAGUUCUCAGUAUUCAAAUCUAUAUUAAACCAGCACUCAGCCUUAGUGAUUCCACUAAACAGUUUGUUACAGUUUCAGUGUCUAUACCUUCUCUCUCUGAACAGCCUGUUCCUGAGCUAUCAGCUCUGCACACCUGUUCCACAAUAGCAUUCUGCAUUCUCCCUUGGAGCCUGCUACCAUUGUUGGUGCAUUGCGAUUACUAGUUUUUGUCAUGGGAUCCCUUUUCAGCUACCUGCUCCCACAGCAGCAGCAGCAGUCACAACAGAUGCAUCUACCCUCUGGUGGGAGGGCACAUUACAAUGCGUAGAUGUUCAGGUUGCUUAAGCAUGCUGUGACUACUCCUCUGCACAUCAGUAUCCUGCAGAUGAGGAGCAGUUCUUGUCUUUCUCAGUGUGUGAUUGAUGUCCACUCCAGCAUGGAAGUGGUUGGUCCAUACAGCAAGCAAUGGGAGGACAUCCCCUUCUUUCAAAAUCAAAAUGAUUUGUAGUGGGCAGUUCAGUCCAGCUACAUUCUGUUGGAAAAAAAAAUCAGAGAGGCCACUUUUGUAGCAGGCAAGCUCAGUUCCUGGUCAUUGAUGAUGCCCUAGAAGUGUUCCUUCAGUCUUUUGAUGACUCAGCAGAUGGUCUAUAGGUGGGGUAAACCUUGCUUGCACCCUGUUUGCAUUUCUGACCAGUGACAAGUGCAUCUACUAUUCCCCCAUCUCUCUUCUGAUGUGCUUCAGGGAUGUUGUGGCCCAAAAGUGGCUGUUUGGGCUCCUCUGUACUUGCCCCUUUUCUUCUGUGUUAUAUGUAGAAACUCAGAACAUGCAAGCCCAAGGUCAUUCUCAUAGCUUCUUACUGACCGUAAUAGAUUUGGUUCCUCCUACUUUUACCUCAUCUACUGAGUUUGUGAGCAUUCUGAAUGUUAUUCUCCUACCAGGCAAGUGGCAUCUGGACUUUCAAUUCCUCAAGCUUACCUUUUUGUAUCUCCAGUUCCAUUUGUUAACCGUAACCCUUCAUUUGUUUUGGUAGUUGUUCAUAUAGCCAAGCAGUCAAAAGACAGUUGGGGAGUAGGGGGCUUGUCAUGGUUAAAGGACUGUUCCAUCUAUCUUGGAUUACUCUGAAAUUUUUUAUUUGGUCUCUGUUAUUUCUCCAUCAAGGUACAUCUGGCAACGGUUUCCAUUUCCCAUAUUUGGCUACAUUGUUUUUCACUAGCAUUAUGUAAAGUUUAAAAAUACUUCGGGAAGGGCUGUAUUCUUCUUGGACCUCUUGUGUGAAAUUUUGCGACCCCCACAGGAUUUGUAAUUUGUUAGAGAAACUGACCUUACUUACUCUCCUUUGGCUCUGCAUCUUCAGUGAAUUUGAUGUAGCUGUCUUGGAAAUGUUUCUUCUAACAGCUACUUCUACCAGAAGAAGUGUAAAAUUGCAUGCACUUUUUAGAACACCCUUGUCUGAUAUUCCAUAAGAAAAUAUUACUGCCUUCAUUAAUCCAUCUUUUAUGCCAAAGUGGUCACAGUGUGCUUGUCUUGCUGUGUUCUUGCCAAAGUAUUUUAAUCAGGAUGAGUUUCUCCUCCACUCUAUGGAUGCACACAGGUGACUUAAUAUUUUGCAUUGUGAGGAUGAAGCCGGUCUCCAAGGGAGACAGUUAAUUGUUUGGAUGUACACCGUCAAAUAAGAUUGUGUGUUGAGAGGAUGAAGGCUGUCCUCAAAGAGUUAAUUGUGUUUCUUUUUUUUAAGAAGAUCCUUGCAAGGAGUAUUUUUAAGCUUACUUUAGCAACAUGGUUAUCUGACUGCAUAGAGUUUUUCUGUAGUAAAUAUAAUAAACCUCUCACUACAGUACCUAAUGCUUAUUGCCCUAAAGCAGUUGCUACUUCCAUGACUUUCAGAAAUAGCGACCUAGAUGAUACAUUUGCAGCAGCAUUUACUUUGUCUGCCAUCAACAUAUUUGCAAGGCUUUAUAAGGUAGAUGCGAUUCCAUGGUCUUCUUUUUGGACCAUUGCUGUUAGCAAUGUGCUCAUAGGUUUCUAGGAGGUUACUAGGCUAUUUGGCCCUAGGGCCUUUAUAAGCCUAGCUAUGUUAUACCCUUGUUCCCGUAAUGACCAAGUUGUAUGGUCUAUAUUUGCAGCGUAAGUCUAUGAUCAGUACCAACUGCCCUUAUCCAAGAGGGACAUGGGUGACACCCGUGGGGAAAAUUCAGUCUCCAUCCAUUUGUGUUCCAGUUUGCUUAAAAGUUUCUAACUGUCAGAACCAUUUAACAUAUUAGGAAUACUUGGAAAAAUGUAUUACAGCUGCAGUUUUUUUUAUUAGGGUGAAACAUUGUGCCUUUACAAAAAUGUAUUAUUGUCCAAGUCUUGUGUUGUAAAAACCUUGUCUACAGAAGUCCAAUAAAGCCAUUUUUAAUGUAA